AUUAGAUAUGCUUUUGCGAUUCAUUCCAUCAAAAAAUCUGCCCUUUCCAUGUUGCUUUCAUCUCUCUAUUUGAAUAUGUCCAUCCUGCUUCAUGGUUUUGGCUUAUGCUGGUCUGUUGUUGCCCAUUAAUGUCGAUUGAGGAUUCUGUGAAAAUUAUGGAGUAUGGCCGGUGAAAAUGGGAGGCAAUUAGAUAACCGGAAUGAGGAGCCUACAUCGCCUUUUCCAAUUGUGAAUUCUGAAAGAAUCAGCAUCUGUGAAGGCAAGCAAGAAGAAAAUGGAAGAAGCCCUGCAAAAAUCUCAGACUCUUCCUCGUCCAGUUUGGAUAACUCCUCCAUCACUGAUUCUCCGGGAUCAUUCAGUCAGCGAUCAGAUGUCGUGCUGACUGAAUCCCCUGCCAUCCAAGUGAUGGAGAGGCCUAAAACCUCAGAUCCGGAUAGUCCAAGCCGGUGGAGUGUUGACUCGGGGGAUUCUUUGUUCAGCAUCCACAUGGAGAGUGGCAGUUUCUCCAAGGAGCAUUCGCUGAGUACAAGUGGAGACAUAGGGGAGCUAUCUUUAUCCGAAGCAUAUCUUCCUCGUCGAGUAUCUCCCAAGUCAGGGGAGUCUGUAGACUCAUCAUACACUUCCUCUGCUGCAGCAGCAGCAAAAGCUUUAGAGGAAGCGCGAAGGGCUGUGAAAGAAGACGCCAAGUAUGCUGCUGAAAAACCGAAAGACCCUCCCGAGGCUUCCUCAAGUGUCCCAACAGACCAAAAUCUAUCGAGGUCUAAUACUCUCCAAUCCCACGAUGAUAGUGACAACGAGUCUUGUGUUUCUACCUCGACGAGUGAGUCAAGAUGUCCAAUGUGCCAAUGCUUGUGGUGUGCUAGGAUGUGUAGCUGCUGCAAGUGGCCAAACUGCAGCUGCGGCUCUUGGUUUCGUUGGCCAAGCUGUUCCAGUUCUUGCAUAAGCUGGCCUAACUGGUGUUCCAGUUCUUGCAUAAGCUGCCCUAGCUGCUGUUCCAAUUCUUGCAUAAGCUGCCCUACCUGCUGCACUAACUUGCAUCAUUGGUGCUCGACUUCUUGCUGCUGCUACGGUUGGAAACGUAGCAUCAGGUUCAUGGAUAGGAACACAGGCAGUUCUAGCAAACAUAAAGUUUAAUUGAUUGUUUGAAGAAUUUGUUACUCACCACAUUGUGGCUUGGGGCCUAACAAUUAUGGAAGUUUCUGAGGUAA